AUGGCUCACUCUCCCGCUCCGAUCCUCGGCUCAGACUCCUGGCUCCUUCCGCAAGGCUGGGGUUGGGGGGCUGCGCCCCCGUUGCAGCCGCUGCCGUCGGAAGGAGACUGCAGCUGCUCUCCGGCCUCUUCCUCGGACUCCUGGGGCCUCUCCCCCCCGGGACCGCAAGCUCGCUUCCUCCCCUCUGGCCACACGCCCAAGCCGUCCAGCAGCAGGACCGCUGUGGGAGCCCCCGCCGGCCGGCGAGCGGGCAGGGGCCGCCUGGGCAGUGGGCAGCGGCAGAGCGCCAGCGAGCGGGAGAAGCUGCGGAUGCGCAACCUGUCUCGGGCGCUGCACGACCUGCGGCGCUACCUGCCCCCGUCAGUGGCCCCUGCGGGCCAGAGCCUGACCAAGAUCGAGACCCUUCGCCUGGCCAUCCGCUACAUCGGCCACCUGUCGACCCUGCUGGGACUCAGCGAGGAGAGCCUCAAGCGCCGGAAGAGCGAAGCUGCGCCCCGGGGCUGCCCGCUCUGCCCCGACGGACUGGGCUGCUGUGCCGGUUGGACCCAUGGCCUGAGCCCGGCCUCCCCGGUCCCCGAGGCCCGCUCCCCCCCGCUCCCGGACGGCUGGGAGUCCCCUUCUUCCUGCUCGGCGGUUCCACCCCAGCUCGAACGAUGUGGGGGGCAGAUCCUUAACGCUGAUUCUCUGCUCCUAGAAGAGCAGGUGGCAGAUCUGGACUCCUCCGCGAUCUUUCCCGGAGAUGUGCUAUCCUUGCUGGAGACCUGGGUGCCUCUCCUACCACAGGAGUGA